AUGUGUCUCGUCAGCAUUCAGUACACAGCCUGCGGGCACGCUGGCAGUCCCUUCAUCCUCGACAAGGACCGAUGUCACCUCUGGCCAGGACCGCAAUGUGUGUUUCAUUUCAAGCGACGACUGAGCUACAACGCUCUCCUGAUAUCACCCAACUUCUGCGAUCAGUGCCUUGGGAAAAUACAUCAGUUUCAAAGUCGCCUGGGAGAAGACGCCUGCAACAACGAGGCCAAGGAUCCGGAAGAGGAUGAGGAUGAGGGGAAGGAGCAGCCCACCGACGUAGACACGUCCAGCACAAGCAGCAUAUACAGCACGCGUAGCCUGCCCCAAGAGCCAAUGCUUUUCGACAGCCUGGACAGCCUGGACAGCAUGGACACCUCGGACCUCAUCGAGGCGGCGGCGGCUACGUUCCCCGCCGAAAAGAACACCUCGGCGCUAAAGGUAACCAACGCAAGUGUCAAGUCCGACAGCGGCAGCGAUAGCACGGUCCACGGCUCCGUCGCAUCGAAUCGCAAAAAGGGGGUGCAUGGCGCCCCUGGAAUCUACGAGCAAGUACCCGGAGAGAUAGAUAUUGACCCCUUUGGCUUCUACUUGGAGGACGAGCCGGCGAUUUACAGCUCCAUCUACGACCAUGGCGACCGCGAGGUGGAGGACCUGAUAGAGCAGGUGCUAUCUCGCUGGAGAUCUGGCAAGGAUUCUGGGGAAGAUGUAUGA